UUCACAUUCUGACAAAAGUCAAAUUUCUUUCACAUUUGCAGAUGUUCUUGUUUCAUUAUGGGCGUGACGCCAGCAGCAGAGUCGACUACGCAUCUACGCAUCAGCAUCCCAUAAUAUUUCCACUAACUGAGCCGUGCUAUACUCCACAGAAGUUAAUCCAAUUUGUUGAGUUUUACGAUGUUGAAACAGUCGAAAACCCGCAACUCGUUAUCAUCUGUUUGUUGUCGAAACCCUUUGAGAAAGGGUCGCAAUCCGGCAUAGAAGUCAAAUACGGGCGGGCUGCUCUCAAGCUCGAACUCUGUGGGAACCUUCACGCCGUUGACAUCACACAACCGACUCCAACUCCAGCUCCAACUCCAUCUCGGACUCGAACCGAUUUCAAUGCGUAAUUGUAACGUCUUUGUGAUUGUUAUUAACACCUUAAGCUGGCAAAUGGACCACGAAGCUGGCCCGAACAAAGCCCAAGCUCUGUGUGCUGCUCUCCUUAUGCGCGACUCUAUGGAAUUUCGUGAAUUUAUGCAUAAUGGACGUACAUUAAAUCCAUAACUAAACAAAUGAACUUCACAUUCGACAUUCGAGCGAACGAAACGAGGCUGUGAAAUAAGUCAAGUUUCGGUUCGGCUCAGUUCGGUUCACUUGUUGUUUUUAGUGGGUCAUAAAUGAAAAGACUUUUCACAGCUGAUUGUGAGAAAUGUGUGAGGGAGGGAGCGAGCGAGCGAGAGAGCGAGAGAGCCUGAAUGCCAUUGCUCUGUCUCGGGCCUGGUCCAAUCCCACAUUCUAUCAGCUAUAUGGACUUAUUCCCCAAAUGCCAAAUGUCCGCUUCGGGGCCUAAUUGUGAUCUAUGCUAUGGGCUGUUGCUGAUACCCUGUAAACAGUAGAUGAGCUCGACUGAUAGUGGGUGGGGUAUA